AGCCCAUGCGACUGUGAGGUGCACCGGCUCCGUAGAGCAGAGGAACAGAGAAACAUCGUAUCAUUAUGGCCUCGCUCUGAGCCUCCUGAUGCGACAGUCUGUGUACAUACCUAACCCGGCAAUCCGUCACCAUCCACGCCUUGAUCAUGGACCUCCGGUCCAGAGGCUUAUUUCGUGGCCAUCGGAAUUGUCACUAGUCCUCCAGAAGUACUAUAUUAUUUGAUUUUUGGAGCACUGUCACUUUUUGCACGCCCGGGGAUUUAAACCGGAGUGACAGCAGGUAGCUUAGCAACUCAGCCCAUCUGCCGGUCAGACAAACAGCCAAGAAGGGCAUCACUUUGGACAAGGAAACUACAACUACCACUACUUUCAUUCACAAGAAGACUGAUCCCCGAGUUCACAACAUAUUCACUAUUGAUUCCUGAAAGGCUGGCAACACAAGGCCACCCUAAUGCAGAACCAUAAAAGAACGUGAAAUGAACAAACCACCACAGCCUAUAGCGGGACCCACUUCUGUCCCAAACCCUUCCCCAUCCCCUGGAUUGACACAGGCCGCCUACGGUCCAGGACAGCCCCCUUCUCUUGUUUUUGCUACCCCUCCACCUCCACAAAUGAACUCUGCACCGCAGCCAAGACAGUUUGCUGCAGGCCCCCGUACUUUACACCAACAGGGUGGAUACAGAGCGUUACAGAGUUACUAUCAGAACCGACCAGCCAUGGCCACCAGUGCUCCAAGGGUACAGGCGAGUAGCGGCCCACGACCUGUCGGACCUACUCAUGUCUACCCACCCACCUCCCAGAUGAUGAUGAUUUCCCAGCAGCAGCUGUCUUUUGCUGGCUCCCCUCAGGGCUACUUCAUCCCCCCUGGACAGUACCGGGCCCCAUAUAUGCCUCCAACUCAGCAGUAUCCUGUGACCGGCGGUACACCAGGCUUCUAUCCGGGAACUAGCCCUGCUGAAUACCCUGCUUAUGAGCCCUCUCUUGCUGCGAGGGAGAGGCGGGGUGGCGGGGGGAGAGGGGGCGGGCGAGAGAACGGCCGUCUCUCUCUCCACGGUGCUCCUCUCACCUCCCAGCGCUACCCUGCAGGAGCAUACUAUCCAGCUCAGCCGCAGUACUCUCCGUCUGUCCAGCCGGCACCGGUCAUGAUCAACCCCGCCCAGCAACAGCAACCAGCCCCGCCUCCUCAGCAACCACCGGCACAGCCACAAGGGCCACCAAAGAGGGAACGCAAACCGGUAGUGUGUCACAACAAAAGGGCAGCGCGCCUCUUGUCUGAGAUAAGGAUACGAGACCCCAACCAGGGCGGGCGUGAUAUCACAGAGGAGAUCAUGUCAGGUGGAAGGUCCACCACCACACCGACUCCCCCACAGGCCUCCACUGCAGAUGUAAGCUCUGCUCAGAUCAAUGGUGAAGUUACACAGCCUGCCACUACAGUGACUAGAAGAGAUGAAAACACUGAGCCCCCUGCUAGCGCUGAAACCCCGCCACCUCCUGCUCCAGUAAAUACAGAGCCAGCGGAGGAGGCCAAAGAGGAAACGGACAACCAGAUAACACCGCCUGCUGAGUUAGCCGCACAAUCUGUAGCCCCAACAGCCGCUGUUGAGGUGCCAUCCCCAUUGAUAAAGGACCUGCAGUCUACCGCUUCCCUGCCUGAAGCAGCAGCAGCAUCUACUACUACUCCUGCUGAAGCAGAAAAUACAGUUGAUACUAAAGUUAGUGACACAGUAGACGCUCCUGUCGGCCCUUCAGCAUCAUUAGCAGCACAAGAGGCGCCUGUCCAAAUGGAAGAACCACAGGCUGCUCCAGCUCCAGCUGAGAAGGUACAAGAAAAGGAAGAAAAGAGAACAGAGGACGUGAAGAAAUUGGAAAAAGAGGAGCCGGUGGCCAGCGCUAAGUUGGAGCCUGAAGUUGAGGUUGCUGCAACGGUUCCCCCUGUUAACGAGGCAAAGGAAGAAACGGCUACAAAGACCGAAACUGAAGUCUCUCCACCUCCACCCUCUGCACAGGAACCUGCUGCUCCACAGACCCAGAGCGUUGCCCCGAGCUCUGCCCCUGAACCUGAACCCACACCGGCUGAAGCGGCAGAGCCUCUUCUCUCCAACGGCCUUCCUCAGGACACUGAGGAACUGCCUGAGGAUGUGGAAUUUUCAGACACUACACCCCUUGACAAGCCUGAUGCUUCUCAAUCUCAGGAAUCCACACCUGUGGCUAAAACGGCAUUGCCUGUCCAGGAGCAGGAGGAAGAACAGGAGAAGAAGGAGGAAGAGAGGAAGGAGAAAAGCGAGGAUGCCCCUCCUGCCCCUGUUAGCUGCCCUACAGAGGAAUCUACUAUGCAAGCUGCAACGUCUGUGCCAAAGAAGAGGAAGAACAUGAAGGAGUUCAACAAGAAGGAGAACAUUGGAGACCUCCUGGAUGCCUUCACAGAGGAGCAAGAAGCCAAGCCUGCUCCUGAGCCCUCGUCCACUUCCACUCAGGCCGACCCGGCCCCUGUUGCUCCACCUGAACCUCCCGCUGAGGUUGUAGAUGAGACCUGGGAGGAGCAAGAGGACAAGCAGAAUGCAGUACCUAAAGCCACACCUGAGCCAACUGAUCAGAAAUACCAGUACAAAGAAGAACAAUGGAAGCCGAUAGACCCAGAAGACAAGAAGCGGUACGACAGGGAGUUCCUCCUGGGCUUCCAGUUCAUCAGCGCCAGUAUGAACAAACCUGAUGGCCUGCCGACCAUCAGUGAUGUGGUCCUGGACAAGGCAAACAAGACUCCGAUGCGGCCUCCUGACCCAGCUCGGAUGAUGAAUGUUGGUCCUGAUUUUACUCCCUCGUAUUUGGGGAACCUUGGGAGCAGAUCAGUGGGAGGACCACGAGGCCCGCCACCUGGGCCGCGUCGCUCCCAGCAGGGUCAGAGGAAAGAGCCCAGGAAAAUCAUCCUCAGCAGCAUGUCCCUCGGUGACGAAGUGCAGCUCAACAAGGCUGAGAAGGCCUGGAAGCCCGCGGCGAAAAAGUCCACUCGAGAACGCGCCGCAGAGGAAGAGGAAAGUGAUGAUCCCGAACAGGCCAAGACUCAAGAGCUGUUCAAGCGUCUACGCAGUAUCCUCAACAAGCUGACCCCUCAGAAGUUUCAGGAGCUGAUGAAACAAGUGAUGGAUAUGACGAUAGACACGGAGGAGAGGCUGAAGGGUGCCAUUGACCUCAUCUUUGAGAAGGCCAUCUCAGAGCCGAACUUCUCUGUGGCCUACGCCAACAUGUGCCGCUGCCUUAUGGGGUUGAAAGUCCCCACCUCAGACAAGCCAGGAGUUUUUGUGAACUUCCGCAAACUGCUGCUCAACCGCUGCCAGAAAGAGUUUGAGAAGGACCAGGACGAUGAUGUAAUCUUUGAGAAAAAGCAAAAAGACAUGGAGGCUGCCAAAGAAGGAGAGGAGCGUGAGCGCUUGAGGGUGGAGCUGCAGGAUUCCAGAGACCAGGCCCGCCGCCGUUCACUGGGUAACAUAAAGUUCAUUGGCGAGCUCUUCAAGCUGAAGAUGCUGACAGAGGCCAUCAUGCACGACUGUGUAGUGAAACUACUGAAGAAUCAUGAUGAAGAGUCUUUGGAGUGUCUCUGCAGGCUGUUCUCCACAAUUGGUAAAGACCUGGACUUUGAGAAGGCCAAGCCUCGCAUGGAUCAGUACUUCAACCAGAUGGACAAGAUCAUCAAAGAGAAAAAGACCUCAUCCAGAAUCCGCUUCAUGCUACAAGACGUCUUGGACCUCAGAAAGUGUAACUGGGUGUCUCGUAGAGGAGACCAGGGUCCUAAAACAAUCGAACAGAUCCACAAGGACGCAGAGCUGGAGGAGCAGAGGGAACACAUCAAAGUCCAGCAGCAGCUUCUGAACAGAGGAAGUGGAGGAGGUGGAGGAGGUGGUGGAGGAGGUGGUGGAGGAGGAGGAGGAGGAGGAGGAGGCGGCAGGAUGGGAGGGAACAUGGGGGGCCGAGGCUCCCACACACCAGGAGGUGGCCGGCCUAGCCAGCCUCAGGAUGAGGGAUGGAACACGGUGCCCAUCUCCAAGAACAGACCCAUCGACACCACCCGCCUUAGCAAGAUCACAAAGCCUGGUUCUCUGGACUUCAACACUACACUGUUGGCUCCAGGGGGAAAAGGCAUGUGGGGCAGCUGGGGCAAAGGCAGCAGUGGAGGAACUGGAGCGAAACCAGCAAGCGGAGAGCCGGAAUCUGGUCGUCCAGCCACCAGCACCGUCAACCGCUUCUCAGCCCUGCAACAGUCUGGUUCGCAGGUGUCUUCAUCUGACUCUGACCGCAGAGCUCCUCAGAGGUCAAGCUCCAGCCGUGAGCGUGCUGGCGAACGAGAAAGGGGCGAUCGCGACAGGGAUCGCUUUGACAGAUUCGAUCGCAGCGAGGGACGGGAAGGUCGCGACGACAGGAGCAACCGCAACCAAAUCACCAAGAGAAGCUUCAGCAGAGAGUCACAGGAGCGCGGCGGGAGGACCGGAGACCUCCGGGCCUUGACUGAGCCUGUGCGCCGCGUGGCCAGCAUGACCGACACCAGGGACCGAGGAAGCCGGGACCGAGGAAGCAGGGACCGAGGAAGCAGGGACCGAGGAAGCAGAGACCGAGGAAGCAGAGACAGAGGAAGCGUCGACAGCGGAAGCGGGGACCAAGGAAGCAGAGACCGAGGAAGCAGAGAUCGAGGAAGUGAGGACAGAGCCCCAAGCAAAGAUCUCCCAGCAGUUAAGCGUGAGAGCGCCCCCACUCCUCCUCCCUCUCUUCCAAAACCUGCCUUGAGUGAAGAGGAGUUGGAGAAGAAGUCGAACGCCAUCAUUGAAGAAUACCUCCACAUUAAUGACUUGAAGGAGGCGUUGCAGUGUGUGACAGAACUCAACAGUGCCUCACUGCUCUACGUGUUUGUGCGGAACGGCGUGGAGUCGACGCUUGAGCGCAGCACCGUGGCUAGAGAGCACAUGGGCAUGUUGCUGCACCAGCUCGUAAAGGCAGAGGUAUUGCCCACAGAGCAGUACUACAAAGGGCUAGAAGAGACCCUGGAGGCUGCGGAAGACACGGCCAUAGAUAUACCUCACAUCUGGCUCUACCUGGCUGAACUCAUUAUCCCCAUGCUCCAUGAGGGAGGCAUCCCUAUGGGACAGCUCUUCAGGGAGAUCUCCAAGCCUCUCGUGCCUCUGGGGCAGGCUGGCGUGAUGCUGGUACAGAUCCUCAAGUUGCUCUGCAAAGAAAUGACCCCUAAGAAGGUCGGGGCCAUGUGGACAGAGGGUGGGCUGAAUUGGAGUGAUUUCCUUCCCGAGGAUGAAGACGUCAACAAGUUUGUCACUGAGCAGAAAGUGGAGUUCACCACUGGAGAGGAGACGGAGUCAAAGGAAGUGGAUGAGAAGAAGGUCCUCACUGGAGAGGAGCUCAGCAAACAGCUGGACAGACUCAUCCAGGACAAAGCCAACAACCAGCGCAUCAGAGACUGGGCUGAGGCUAACUUGGACGAGCAGCAAACUGCUUCCAACCAGUUCGUACGAGCACUGAUGACGUCAGUGUGUCAGUCUGCCAUCAUAUGUGACAGCCCGUACAGGGUGGAUGCACGGCAGAUCGGCCAGAGAGCCAGUCUGCUGCAGAGAUACCUGUCUGAUGAGCAGAAGGAGCUGCAGGCCCUCUACGCCCUCCAGGCUCUGAUGGUGCACAUGGAGCAGCCAGCGAACCUCCUGCGGAUGUUCUUUGACGCCUUGUACGACGAAGACGUUAUUAAAGAGGAGGCCUUCUACAAAUGGGAAACCAGCAAAGACCCUGCGGAGCAAACAGGCAAAGGUGUGGCCUUGAAAUCAGUCACCGCCUUCUUCACCUGGCUCCGCGAGGCCGAGGAGGAGUCUGACAAGGAGUAAAAGACUGAACUGAAAGCUGCCGCCCCCCUUUGGCAAGGCGGGGGCUCUGCAGGCGGCUGCAGAGAGUCAUGGACAAUAUUGCCAGAGAGGCAGACUCAAAUCAAUCCUCAAUGAGGAUAAAUCUUUAUUAUUUUUUUCUUUUCUUUGAGGGAUGGACUCAGAAAACAAUCAUUUCUCUCUACCCUCCCUCUCUUGCUUCCUCAUUAUUUCCCCACCUGCUUGUCACAGCAAGUGUCCUCAUCAAAUAAACUUGAAAACUGAUUCAGCAGGAUUGCUUGUUAACGAGGUGUGAAGUAUCCCACAUCACUACGAAACUCUUUUUCUCACAAUAAUACAAACCAACAGGCUGCUUUUUUAUGGUUCUAGAUAAUUCUAAUGCCUAACAUCCUAUCUGAUCUGCAAGAAUAAACAGCAGGGGCGUGUGGUGUAGUGGGUUCCCUGAUACGUGGGUAUCGUCAUGCCAUAAUGUGUGUUCAAUCCAAACUCAACUCUUAUGUCUUUGUCCCUUACUGGAGUGUGCAGCAUGACUGAAGUGUGUUUCUAUUAAUGAUACAGUGGCCGAAACGUCGAUAGACAAAUGUACAUGAACUAAUCUUAAUUUGAUGGAUGGAGUUUUUAAAGCAAAGGUUGUCUAUUUUCUCUUCCUGUUUCCCAUCAUGAACUUAGAGGACAAGGAGAAACAUGGAGGACCGGUGUUGACCUUUGACCUUGACUACUAGGGGAUGGUCUUAAUGCUUCCUCUAAGCCAUCCUCUUCCAUCCCCAGUAGUGAGCCACACUGACUGACUCUUCAUCUUUACCUCUUCUAUACUUAACCCUGAGCUGUCGUAGAGGACACUUAAUGACCCAAUCACCGUUAAAACUUGAAAUCUACAGAAAAUUGACUUGAUGAAAAAUAUAUAAACUUUAAAAAAAAACAACACAGAAAUGAUCCGAAAGCCUUUUCUACUUAAAGUGGAAACUUAUUUCAGGAGCGUUCUGUAAAUAUAUAAUAAUAAUAAUUAAAAAAAACUUUUUUUUUUUCAGUUUUAUUUUUCAGAAACGAUAAAUUGCUGAUGUAAUUGCAGUGUAUCCUUUUCCAACAGAAGCAGCAGUUGUCCAGAUGCAGAGAGGUGCUUUAGAUAAUCCAUUGAUUAUUAGUUGUAUUGGAAUUUUGUAAAUAUUUUUUUUGCUUUCUUUAUUUAAGAAAUUAUUGCUUCUUUUGCAUCGGAAACUGGAAAGAUGAGGUAACGGAGCAUUGCAAAUAAAGGACUUAUUAAGUUGCUGAA